AACCCGCGCGUCUCAGCCAUGAGGGAUGCGCUGGAGGAGGGAGGAGGUGAGGGACACUAUUUCUCCCCCAUUUCCCCUCUGCUCCUACUCAAGCACGAGCAAACCAAUAAAGAGAGAGAGAGAGACAGAGAGAGAGAGAGAGGCAGGUAUGAACUGGAGGUAUGGAGGGGAGGCAGUCACCACUGGGGCAAUCAAAGGACAGGAGGUGAUGCGCUGUGCAGAUGGCUCUCUCUCCUCCCCUUCCUCCUAUAGCGCGUCGCCUUCUUUUCCAAACUGGGACGCAGGUGUAAUCCUCCUCAUCCUCACUCCGCCCUGCCAACUAACACCUCUGUGAAUUGUCCAUGCGCCGCGCGUCCCCGUGCAACCGGCUCCCAGUUCCGAGCAGCGGCGGCAGCAGCAGCAGGAGCAGCAGGAGGAGGAGGAGGAGGAGGCAGCUUUACGCGCAGGAGUGAGAGGAAGAAUAACAUGAUCAUGUCAGAUGAAAUGUGGUGCGUCUCUUUUGUGCGCCGUCUCUUGCCGCCGUGGUGAAGACGAUGCCGGGUCUGCAGCCUGCACAGAUGACCUGAGGCGGGCGGCGCAGGAGGUUGCAACUACAGCACUUGUUCCAUAAAGAGAAGAUAUAUUAAUAACCAUGGCUGACCAGUACAGUAUGUUUCUCACCACGGCGCCCCCCCUGCGGCGAGGAAGCACACCUCUGCCUGUCAAACACCAGCUGCGGAGGGAAGAGGCUGUGUCCGAGGACUGCGAUUGGAUCCCGGGCUUGGAGCAGCCUGCCACGUUGCCCAUCAGCGACACAGCGGUGGCUCGGGAUGAGUCCUUCGGUCAAUCGGCAAAUGCACAGUCAACUUACCGCAGCCACGGCGGAGCUUUGAGAAUUGUACUGCUGGGACAGAAUGGCGUGGGCAAGUCGUCACUGGCCUUAUCUCUGGCCGGGCAGUCCGACAGAUCCCUCUCUAUAGACUCUGAGACACAAGCAUGUGGUGAGGGCUACGAGUGCUCGGUCACGGUCGACGACGAGGACAGCAAAGUCAUCAUUUUCGACAACUGGAAACAGGACCUGUCCGCUCUACAGUGUGACGUGUGUAUCCUAGUCUUCUCGGUGACUGACAGGCGGAGUUUCCACCGCACCUCCCAGCUCCGCCUCCUCCUCAGGGAGGCCCAGCCACACACACCAAUCAUCCUGGUGGGCAACAAGAGCGACCUGGUCCGAUCCCGUGAAAUCAGCUCAGAGGAGGCCCAGUCCAGCGCCACGAUGUUCGACUGCGUCUACCUGGAGCUCUCAGCCUCCCUGGACCACGGUACCAACGAGCUUCUGGAGGCAGCCAUUCGGUCUGCAAGGGGCGACUCCGUGGGACCCGGUUGGACCGACGGGGACCCGGGGGCAGGCCGCAGGGAGAGCCUGACCAGCCGGGCCAAACGCUUCUUGGCAGGGCUGGUACCGCGCACGUACGGCCGAGACCGCGACAGGGAUCGAGGCCGUUACCGGGAAAUGAGCCGCCACCGGGGGAGCAAGAUCUUCCGCCAGAAGUCUCGCUCCUGCCAUGACCUUAGUGCACUGUGACACAUAUGUACACACAAGCAAAAAGACACUCCCACACAAGUACACACAAAAUCAGAUUGAAAGGUAUUGAGGGGGAGGAAUAUAUGAAAGAGGAGGAGAAGAGGGCACAAUGGAAGAUAGGAGCAAGAAGAGGAAUGAGAGUUGUAAAAUAAGAGUGGUCGGGGUAUAUACAUUAAGCUAUGGAAAAUAAAGGUCAAGGGAGAAGAAAAGGAGACAAAACUGGGAUAAAGAGAUGGUGAGAACAGAAAUCAUCCUGGAUCUAAGCACUCAAUCUUUAUCUUCUCCCUAUCGAUAAAACACACUUUGAGGUCAGGAUUUAGAGAUACAAGCAGAGAAACAGAUUAGGAGGUGACCUUGGGUGAAUCAGCCAGCGGGUUGGGUGGAGGGGGGGGUCCACAAAUAAACACACACCCAAGUAGCACGCACUUAUGUAGAGAUUGUUAGCAAUCUGAUGUAAACAUAUUGUAGACCCUGUUUUAUAGCAUGCUGUAGAGGAUUUUCAGAAAUGACCCUGUAGGUUUUCCAAUGACAUGAUACUGCAUUUACCGUACCUCAGUGGCCCAAUAGCUAAUGCACAAUCUAGCUAGUGUCUCUAGCAAUGCCAUCGAAAGCAAGACCCUUUAUGUACAAACAUGCUCCCUUUUUCUGCUCAUACCAUCUUCACACUGCAUCCACCUUUUGUGUCACGUACGGACCUAAUGAAGUGUUUGAUACCACCAUUGGCAAAUGUUCCUCUUUGACUUUUAUACAAAACUGAGAAGAAGAAAAAAACAUCAGCGCAAAAGCCAUACUUGCGCUGAAUGCGUCAUGAGUGAGCAGCACAAAGAACCCUUUACUGUAGGAUGCGGAGCGCAAAGACCAAAGGGUCACAACAGCUCUAAAGCACGAGACGUUAACAGGAAUGAACAGACUGAGCUUUUCUUCAGUCGGAGUCCAGUCACAGAACACUAGGGAGUUCUGGUUCGCUGGAGGACAAACUGGAGAAAAACCUAAAACCUACCUUUGGCCGUGUGGUGUUUUCAUAAUUGUCUUUUUACCCACUGACAUUGUUACGUGUGUUAAGACUGAUUCUGUGGGGUCCGGCCGCACAGGGGACCCAAGAAGAGAACGUUCUGGAAACGUUGUUUGGUUAUCUCUUCAAGCGUGGCAGCAUCACUGACAUAUGGUCACCCUUUUGUCACCAUCUACGAAGCACCGUCAUCUUUCCACUGAGAAUAAAUUCGGUUUUUCUUUGACAUCCUG